GAUCAGUUAUUUGUCCACAAAGAAGAAAUUUGGUCUAGCUCUUUAAGUCUAAAGGACCUGCUAUUAUCAUUUAAUAUUGCUGAUAUACAGAGCUAUAUAGAGGUGAGACUUGCUCAUGUUAUACUCGGUCUUAAGAUUCUGAGUUCGCAGAUCCUGGUUCAAUCAGAUUAUGUAGUUGGCUAACUUUUCUGUCUGAUGAACAGCUUUUGCUUCUGAAAGUAAUAUAUCUCCGAUAGUUAGACUCAGUUUUUGAACACUAUGGGAAAAGCACCACCAUCUCGACGGAAAAAUGCGGACGCUGGCGGCGGAGAUCGUCCAGAGCGACUAAAUAUCUUCAAGAUGAACACAGGACUUGGCCAGCAUAUGCUCAAGAACCCCCUAAUAGCGCAGGGAAUUGUGGACAAGGCAGAUAUUAAGCCUUCUGACAUUGUUCUCGAAGUUGGCCCCGGUACGGGAAAUUUGACAGUCCGUAUCCUGGAGAAAGCUAGGAAAGUCAUCGCGGCUGAGAUGGAUCCUCGAAUGGCAGCAGAAGUGACGAAACGAGUACAAGGAAAGCCAGAGCAAAAGAAACUAGAAGUUAUUCUAGGAGAUGUCAUAAAAGCGGAUCUUCCGUACUUUGACGUUUGCAUCAGCAAUACUCCUUAUCAGAUCUCCUCCCCCUUAGUCUUCAAGCUGCUAAAUAUGCCCCGGCCUCCGCGAGUAUCCAUCCUCAUGUUUCAAAGAGAAUUUGCUCUUCGUUUGGUCGCAAAACCUGGCGAGGAACUAUACUGCAGACUAAGUGUAAACGUUCAAAUGUGGGCCACUGUCACCCAUAUCAUGAAAGUUGGAAAGAAUAAUUUCAGACCCCCACCUCAAGUGGAGUCUUCUGUUGUGCGUAUCGAGGUGAAAAAUCCUAGACCGCCUAUCGACUUUGAAGAAUGGGAUGGUUUAUUACGCAUCUGCUUCGUCCGGAAAAAUAGGACCAUCUCCGCUGGCUUCAAAUCGCAGGCAGUUCUCGACAUUCUAGAGAAGAACUACAAAGCAUACUGCUCGCAGAAUGAUAUGAUGAUAACUGACGAGAUCAACAUAAGUGCUAUGGUUGACAAGGUUCUGAAAGACACUGAACUGGGAGAUAAACGCGCGGGAAAAUGCGACGAGGCAGAUUUUAUGAAGCUGCUAUAUGCGUUUCAUAUGGCGGGUAUUCAUUUCGCAUAGAAUGUCAUGUUUCUUUAUAUAAUGAAAGUUGGGUUAUAUCAUAAAAUUU